AUGGCGUCCCCACGCACGCGACGAGUGCUCAAAGAGCUCCGACCGAUGGACGAUAAUAACGUGAGCAUUUUUGAUUAAUUCCAUAUCCAUAUCCAUACACACAAAUGAGUGUUUUCUAAACGGAACAUGUAAAGUUUGUCAGUUUCGAAUGCGAUCUUCUCGAAUUCUAGAAGAGUUUUGCAAAAAUGAUGAACAGAACAUUUGAUCGCCUUGGCAUAAGCUAUCGAAUGAUGUAUGUUUAAUGAGCGAUGCAAAAAUAAGCAUAUGUAGUAAUCGUGAUGUCCUAUUACAAACAUGAAAACUUAAGGCCUAAUAAGAUUGAUAUGACACCUAAUUAGAUUAAUAAAUUGUCUAGCUAGAUUAAUAAAUCUUCUAGCUAGAUUAAUAAGUGCUCAAAUCAAGUUUCACGCCAACCGUCUGCUGGCUCAAAUCUCGAUUGCGCCAAGAAAAAACAGUCGAAUCUAAUUGGGUCGCGUUUAGAUCAGUAACUUUCUAAUUAGAUUAAUAUCGAAUUGCCAGAGAUUUUCGUGAAAUUUUGGAUGACGAACUCGAAUCACUUUCAUCCGAAUUUUCUCGAAAAGCGAUUAGCGUGCGGAAAAGGCAGAGACGCAGGCGCGUAACUGUUUCGUUGUUGUUGUUGUUGUUUGUUGUUUCGCGACUGUGUCUCUGUCUUUUCCGCACACGAGUCGCGUUUCUCUCUCGCCCUCACCUAUUUCAACGCGAACCGAAUGUGCUCGGCCAGGCUCAAUUUCGGCGGAAAUAUCGGUUCACGAGAGAUAGGUUUCAAAGGGCUUAUCGAACAAUUGAUUGUUUCGGACGGCGGCUCGUAGUCGCUCGCCGCUUUGCCAUUACGCGAAUGCCCGCUGGAUUCCAACGUGAGCGAAUGGUUGAUUUUGAUGCUUCCACAAUUAUAUUUGGCAUAAUCGUGGGCGGAAAUCCGAAUCAAAAUUCCGACAGCUUUAGUGCACGCCACUCGUUCGUUCUGCUUUUUCGACUUGUGAUCCCGAUCGCAUUGCUCAGUUUCAAAAAAAAACUUUGUUUAAAACACUAUAAGGGAAUGGAGACAAAAAAGUCUUGCAAUCCGCAUUUCUGCGGCAUCUUGAAAGUAGAUUUUUUGUUGCAGUUCUGUUUCGAGUGCGAGGCGAACAAUCCGCAAUGGGUGUCCGUCUCGUACGGCAUCUGGAUUUGUCUCGAAUGUUCCGGAAUUCAUCGCAGUUUGGGCGUUCAUUUAAGGUAAAAUUUUGUUUAAAUGACCAGGGAAGCCUCCUGAAUUGUCUCUUAUUGCCAUCACAUUCACUGUCCGAGUCCCAACUCUCCGAAAUGUCUGUGAACGGAACUUGUGGCGGUGGGAAGAGUUUUCACGCCUGAGUUUUCUAGGUCACAACUUUAACUGCGCGCUGUUCCGUUUAUAGGCAUUCCUGAGAUUUGGGACUCGGACAGUGUAUGUGGCAAAAAGAGACAGUUAAGACAGAUACAAAAAAUUGCAAAAAAGAUGAGGGUUCCUUGGUCCUUUAAAUAUUUUUUUCCCAGUCAAGAAAAUAAUAUUCUCAGUUUCGUGCGUUCGGUGACGAUGGACAAGUGGAAGGACGUCGAGUUGGCGAAGAUGAAGGCGGGCGGAAAUCGGAAAUUCGCCGAAUUUCUGCAAUCGCAACCGGAUUACCGCGAAAAAUGGACGAUUCAGGAGAAGUACAACUCGAGAGCCGCCGCCCUUUUCAGGGACAAGGUCGGCACAAUUUUUGUUAAAAAAAUGCUAAAUUUAGCUCGAAGGCUUUUCAAAACUGGCUAUUUUGACAGGUGGCGUGUGAGGCGGAGGGACGUGAAUGGUCGCAAUCGACGUCGCCGGCGGCCAACUACGUGCCGCCUACACUCGGCGGCACGAAUCGAGCCGUCGGCGGCUCCUCGACGAGCAAAUCCUCGGGAAACUCCUCGCUGGGCUCUUAUUACGGCGGAAACUCGAGCUACAGUCAAUCGUCCGGCGACGGUACCUACAGCGGACAAGACUCGUCAGUUUUUGCGCCAUUUUUUGAGGCGGGAAAUAGAAAAUGUUAUAUUUCACACAAAAUUGGUUUCGCAAAUGAUCGAUCACGUGAAUGCAAGCAUUUUCGGCGUUCGAACACCACAAUUUACCGUAAAAUGCUUUUUUUUCUGCAGGAGCGGCAGCAAAUAUCAGGGAUUCGGCAACACUGGCUACGUGCCGAAUCAGUCGAAUAACGGAGGAGACGAUCUGCUCGCCGGAGCCAUGACCGGACUUUCGAUGGUCGGUUUCACGUCGAAUAUCUAAAUGUUUCCUUAUUUCUUCACUGAUUUUUUCAUUCAAAUGUCCUGAAUUUAAUGUUCUUAAGGUUGCAGAAAACGCAAUUUUUCUAUUGUUCUUUUCCAAAUGUCAUACUUUUCAGGGCUGGUCAAUGCUGUCGAAAGGAGCGUCUCAGGCGGCCGCCAUCGCCAAAGACGUCGGAAUUCAGGCGCAGCAGAAGGCGUCGCAGUUGAGCGAGAAUGUUGUACGUGUUUUGAUGCAAAGAGCCAAACUAUUGAAAUAUAAUUUGACACUAUACAGAAAUGUACCUUUACGUUGUUCCCGUACUUGCCGUUUUGCGGUUGAUGUCAGGAAUACGGAACAACGUCAAGGCAGGCCUGGGCGAGAAAUCAGAGAUUUGCGAAGAGCGCUGCUAGCCGUGCCGCCGUAAAUAUGCACAAGGAGAUAUUCGUCGCUGGUCUCGCCACGAAAAGCGGCAAAGGGUUACGGUAACUCUGAAUCAGCUGUGUCGAAUGCAGUGGCCUGAAUUUUCGUGGCGGGACCCGCGAAACAGCUGAAUGUUUUCGCACUGGUGGCUUUUCCCCGCGCGCUCUGUGAGAAAUUGCUUGGCGAAAAAACGCGAGGGCGAGGGAAAUACCAUUUGCGCGGUAGAAAAGAGAGACGCAGACGGUAGACACUGUUAAAGGCGCAUGGCAUAACGUAUAUUUCUAAACGCCUUUAACUUUCUCGUGGCAUUUCCCUCGCCCCCGCGUUUUUUUUUCGCUAACAAGCAAUUUCUCGCUCGCCCCGGCCUGUCGGAAAAUGUGAAAUGUCUCCAAUAGCUGUGUCUUCUGUUUCUAGUCGCAAAACAACUCGAUCUUUGGCGGAGUGGCCUCAAAGGCGUCGGAUGUGACCACGAGGUCGUGGGACGGACUCUCUUCGUUCGUCAAAUCGCCGUCGCUCAACGCGUUCUCGGGAAUUCUGUCGAAAACGUGAGCAUUUUUGGGAUCGAUUGUUUUUGGGGCGCUCGCAACUGCUCAUGGUGGUCCCAUUUUCAAACAAUUUUUGCAGUGGGUACGAGGAUUUCGGCGGUGGAAUGUCCGGAUCGUCGUCGCAAAACGAGUUCAACGACUGGCUCAAACAAUCGAAUUUGUGAGUUUCCCCUUUUUUUUGUUGUUGAAUAAAACUUAAUUUGUUCAUUGAAUUGAAGGCCGCGUGGAACAACGGAAGGAGGUACCCAUAUUAGUAGUGAAGGUAGACUUUUUGUUUUUGCAAAUGUGCACUAAAAAUGAUUGCUUUUCGCAGAAAUCAAACCAUCGGAGGAGAGAAGAAAGAAGGAGAGAAGCCCGAAACCGGCGCCGAAAAAGCAAGAAAAAAGUGAGGAUUUGCCUUUGUAAUCGUCUAAAAUUUGCAAAUGUUUGCAGCAGUUGUGGAAGAAGACGACUCGGCCUCCUCGUCCACAAUCGCUCAAUUCGAGGCGUCGGUGAAUAAGGCGAAAUCGACGGCUCCACGAGUUGCGGCCGCACCGGCUCCGGCUCCGAAAAAAGAGGAAAAGUCGAAGGGAUGGGACGACGACGCGUGGGACCUCCUCAAUCAAUGA